ACGUCCCGCCCGCUGCCCGAGAACUAGUUAUAAAAAGAAAAGUUCGAAGCCGACCUUAUUAGGAACGGGACCGGAGGUGGCGUCGGAUGACUUCCGGUGUCGCACUCCUGGCUUAGAGUUGCCCAUCGUGUCUGCUGCCCAAAAAAGGAACGGGGCCGAGUAAAGUCGCUUGCCUGCUAUUCAACGGGAAAGGAUAACGGGCGGAAAGAGGACCCGUUUCCUCUUAGGAGUGACUGUUCUGCAUAGGAGGCCUCUGUUGGGCAACGAGCUGCAUAUAAAUCCCCGACAUAAGUCUGGCCCCCUCUCACCCCUCCCAUAACACCUGACUUCCCUUUUAUUGUAAGAGUGUAACGUGGAGAGCUAAGUUACUUCUUUAGCGGCCCCGCGGCCUCAGCAUCGGAAAACAAGGAAUGCAGUGGCUCAUCUCAGUUGCAGGUGGCUUUCCAGCUCGCCUCGCGUCCUUGUAGGGGUCAGAAACAAAAAAGACCUGCAGCGCCGGAGAAAUAACGGGAGAGGAUAGAACGAAAUGUUUUAUGCUCAACACGUUCCUUUCCUCGGUAGUUCCCGUUUGCUUUCGUUGGUGGGGUGCUGCCUGGAUGGCUGGUAGGAAUUCCUGCGAGGGAACCUGUCCUGUCCCUGCCUGUCUGGCGCAGUGACUCCGGAAGUGCUGGCUGGAGGGCGAGGACGCCAGCAAUCCUGCUUUCUGGGCGAAUUAAAGUGGAUGCCUUUGGAGCCUCUUCUUCAAUAAGGAAGCUUUUGGACCAGACUUCCCGGAGCGCAGCUGGACCUGCGGGCUGGUUUAGGAGGAGAAAACCCCGUUGGCGGAUUACACUUUUUCCUUCCCUGACUCUUCAUCACUUAUUUUGAUGAGCUGAAUGACAGCAGGUUAUAUUUUAGAGGGUCCCCAUAAAGGCAAGGAAGCUGCUGUUAUUAAUAGCUUGAAACUUCACAGCAAUGCUGCCUGAACAGCAAGUGCAAGAAAAGGUGCUUCAGUAUGAGGCUUUUAUCAGUGAUGUUCUGCAGAGAGAUCUCCAGAAGGUGUUGGAGCAGAGGGAUGAGGUCUAUGAAAAAAUUGCUCAGUACCUUCAACUCAAGAAUGUUAUUGAGCGAUUACAGGAGGUAGGAAACAAGGAGCUGAAGACACAAGUAGACCUAGGCUGCAAUUUCUAUGUCAACGCAGAAGUGCCAGACACGUCCACUAUAUUUGUAGCAUUGGGGUAUGGGUUCUUUGUGGAGUUGACGCUUUCUGAGGCCCUCACGUUCAUUGAGAAGAAAAGCAAACUUCUGACAGAGCUCAGCGAAACCCUCACCAAAGAUUCUGCCAAGAUUAAAGCCAACAUCCGGAUGGUUUUAGAGGGCUUGCGUGAACUCCAGGGUCUCAAGGAUCUGCCUGAGGAGACCAGAAGGGACAUCUUUCUUUAGGCUACUAGCCUUGCCUAUCCAGAAGGAACUUCCCAGCAUGCUGGAAGAAGAGGUCAUGACUUGGGCAUUUUGAUGGCAGCAGGGACUGUGCAUCUAGCUGGCAGAACACUUCUGAGUGUGAUAUGGUGAACAUGAGACAGUGAUAGGACAUUGUGAAGGGGGCAACUAUUCUUAGAGUGAGAUUGACUAGUUGAAUUCUCUGUCCCAUAUACUUGCCCCCUUUCUAUCUCUGCUCACCAAAGCAGUGUUUCUGAGGAAAAAAUACAUCUCAAUUGUUAACAAGAAUAAAAGUUUUGCUUUCUAA